GUAAAGUUCUCGCCAUUGGAUACUCGAGUGGUGUAGUUCGACUUUUUAAUGUUGACACCAGUGAAAUGAUACAUGAAUUAUCGCAAAGAUCUGUACCGUCCCCUUCUUCUCCGUUAUCACAAUCAGCAAAUAAUAACAAUGAUAGUGUAGCAGGAAUAAAUUUUCUUACUUGGUUAGACGAUAAAGAUGAAAAUAAUGGGCAAGAAGCAUUACCCCUUUCCCGACACCAGGAUCCUAAUUAUUUGAGUACUUAUCCUGGAGAGAAAUACAUGCCACAUUUAAGCACCAUCCCAGGCUCUAAAAUUAGUAAAAUAUUGGGAUAUCCGAGUGAGGUUGAUGAUGACGAAGAUACUGAAGAUGAGAUUAGUAAAUCAAUUGAUUUGCUUAUUGCUGGUGAUACAGAUGGUAAUUUGCAUCUAAGUGUGUACGGAAUCUAUAAUCUCGAAUCAAUUUCUUUAACUGAGUUUACCAAAUCGCGGAACGCGAAAAUUCUUAGUGCUUCAGUAUCUUCUGAUCUAUCACUCUUAGCCCUUUUGAUCCUUUCCGAAGACGAAAGUGAUUCACCAUCCACAAUAACUGAAAAAAAGCGAAAACGUUAUAUUGAAUUGACUUUCGGCACCGGAUUGCUUCAUACUCAUAAACCUGAGAUUCGCAUUCUCUCUCAGAGAUAUACAAUUAUCAGAUUCUUAAUAAAUUAUAUUGUAGAAGGCGUCAAGCAAAUGGAAUUGCAAUAUAAUCAUAUGAAAGAUUCUGCAAAAGCCUAUACUGAACCUUUUCAAGAAGUGUUGCAAACUCACGACGUAAAUACUACAUUAAGAGCCGAAUUCGUCAGAUUAUUAGCUACAGGAAGACCAAGUGUUGCCAUGAGUGAAUAUAUUGAAAAUUGGGAAAAUAAAGGAUUGAAAAGUCUGGAGCAAAUAAGAGAAUUUGUUCAUGACUAUGUUCGACCUUGCUGUGAAAGAUUGCUUUUACAGAUAACGGCGCUUGUUGGUUAUAGUAAAUGGCCUCAAAAGUUCGAACAACUUGGGCUUAAAGAACAAUUCGUUCACUCCUGUGUCAUUCUACUCGGGUAUUUAAUUGGAAGAUUGGAAGAUUUGCUGUCAACCAUUGAUAAUGAAUAUCAGAAUUUCAUGGAAUUUCAAGAAUGGCUUCAAACAGGCAUUGACAUUAAAAAGGUUUCUGCAUAUUUACGCAAUUCACUGGACAAAGGAGUUCUUGAUGAGUUCUUUGUAGAAUCAUCGAAUAGUGUACAACAGUCAGAAAAUGAUUUUCCUUCAGAAGCUUCAAUAUCACCCAUACCAAAUUCUCGUACAACAAAAACUCCUGAUCUUUUUGAUAGUUCGGGAAGUUCUGGUUUUUCCACAUAUCCAUAUGAUUUUACACGGAUCAAAUCAGAAAACGAGAAAAAUAAUCAUUUAAAUGUUGUUCGUUGGUAUAUUGACACAUUGUCCGAAAAAUGUGCAACUCUCUACGCUUCAACAGCUAAUAAUGUGGCAAGAUCCGUUGUAGCAAACAAACCAGUUGUGAUUGUAGAGUUUGAAAACGAUGAAGUAGCUGACUUUAAAGAAUGGAGCGCACAAGAAAAUCCAUUAUCAGCGAAAUUUUUGAUUGACGGUCGAAUUGUUGUAAAGAAAUCGAAUAUAUUUCAUUACGUUGCUUUCUUUCUUCCACAGUCGUACUUUAAUACUGAAUAUCAUACUCUGAGAUUUUCCUUCAUUUCAUUAUAUAAGCAUCAAGCUAACCAAGACUCACAUGCACAAAAUAUAUGUGAAGUCUCAUGUUUACAACUCAAGACUGAGAGUGGCUCAGAUGAUGAUAACAUGGCUUUAUUAGAUCUUCAAUUUCUUAAAGACGAAAGAUUGCUAAUGCUAACAAACACAAUUAAUGAAGAUUUGUUGAACACUGACUCUGCAAAAGCUGGCGAAAUAUAUUCGUUAUCAGAGUUAAAUUACAUCGAGCUAGACUAUAACAAACUGGAAAAUGUACACAACAUUGUGGAACAUACUUUGAAUAAGUUUGAUAUAAACGAGUGUCCCAAAGUCCAAUUUCAGAAAUCACGCAUAAUCAAACAAUUUCGACCUUCAAGAAUUGCGACAAAUCGCGAAAUUUUUGUGCUUAGUGAUGAUGCUAGGAAAAUGCUCAUAUUCGAUAUUAAAGACGACGAAGAGGGCGAGGUUGAGUACGAUGAUGGAGAAGGUGAAAUGGUAGAAGAGGAUGAAGAGGAUAUGGAAUAG